UUGUCAGCUCACAAUCAGUUGGUGGCAGGUAUAUUAUUUUAUUUUUCAUUCUUUUUUCCUUUAAUUGUGAUUCAAACUGAAGGAAAAUAAUAUCAGAAUAGGUGAAGGCCAUUGGAAGCUUACAAUUUACAGGAUUAAAGUCCAAAGAUGAGUGAAGAAAAAGGCGGCAAAUUGUCGGACACCUUGCUCAGGUUACUGAGAGGGACCGGAAGACCUUUCAGCGUGAAUGCCCUGCUAAAAGAACUACCCAAAGAUGCAAAGAAGGCCAGUGUGGAAAAAGUCCUCGGGAAGCUAGUCGAUUCUGAAUGUGUCGUGGAAAAGACGUUUGGCAAGAAGACCCUGUACUGGGCCAAGCAGUCCAAAGUGGACUCGGCCAAGCUGUUGGAGCAGAGGAACCAGCUGAGCGAGCAGAUCAUCCUCCUGGACAAACAGUUGGCUGCUACUGAGGAAACCGCUCGAAAGCUGGAAGCAGAGUUGAAGCCGUUCACAAGCAAGGGCAAGCAGGACCCUGACCAGAAGCUCAGCGGACCUGAACUGGACGAGGCCAUCAAGGAGCAAGAGAAAAGGGUGGAGAGCCUGACUGCUCAGCGAGACAGAAUGGCAGCUGCAGGCGGACCGAAAAAGAGCUCCAAGAGUAAGGCUGAGUACGAGAAGGCCUGGAGGCAGAGGAAGAGGAUUGUACUUGACAUCAUGGGGGCGGUUCUGGAGAAUUCAGAGACGCUGACCAAAAAGGAUAUCAUAGAGCAAAUAGGCCUGGAAACUGAUGAGGACGCUGGGGUGGCUCUCCCUUAAUUCUGUACUUUGUUGUGUAAAUAAUAUUAAAUUGU